UUAAUUCCAGCCGAGCAGCCAUUCAGUCUCGCGCCUCAACACAAUGCGUAUGGUAUUUGGGCAACAAUCUUUCUUAAUCUUUUCACAGGCUGUUUACUGGUGUUACUUUAGGAAUCCCAAGACUCUGCCGUCGUGAUCUGUUAGAAAUUUAGGUGCAUAAUAGUGAGGGUGUCUUUGAAAUAUGCCGAGGGAUAAGAAGAACAAGCGUGCUGCUGCUGCUGCUGCUGCUACUGCUGCAGCUGCAGCAUUGCCAGUUGCAGAUGAUGAUACUGCAAGCAUUACCAGUGACAAGACAGACUCCACAGCUCAGAUUACUGAUGGAGAGGAAGGUCUGUCGGAGAUGGAGACCUAUGAGCAGAAAGUGCGUGAAGCAAUGGACUUAGCCUUGGAGAAGUCUGUUCAGACUCGCACCAAUGCCCUAACAGCUUUAACAACCGCUUUCCAGAAAAGGGUGAUGACGCAAUUUCUGCUUGACAACUACCAGACAAUUACCGACUUAGUGGAGCGUUCAUUGAGGAAGGGUCGAGGUCCCGAGCAAGUGGCUGCAGCACGUCUGGCCACGACGCUGGUUGUUAGCCUCUCACCUGUCGCUGAAGCUGAGAAGGUUUUCAAGACCCUAAACCCGAUUCUGACCUUUUUGUUUGCCGGAUCACUUCCAAAGGGUAAUGGAGAAUUACCCAACCAUCCUCCAGCAGUGUCUGCUAUGCAUACAGCAGCCCUAAAUGGUUUCUGUUUGUUGUUGUGUCUCUUGUCACCCACAACAAUUUAUACAAUGGCUAACAAAUUAGUGAAGGAGAUGUUUGAUCUUCUGGGAAGUAGUGAUUUGGAUCUACGUAUUCAGGCAGGCGAAGCUGUAGCUUUGAUUUAUGAGACCGCUCGAAUACAUGAUGAGGAUUACUCCUGGAAUCGAGAAGCAGAUCUUUGCUCCGUUCUGAAAGAAUUAGCUACAGAUUCCCACCGGUUCCGAGCAAAAAAGGACCGGAAGCAACAGAGAGCAUCUUUCAGGGAUGUUGUGAGGACAGUGGAAGAAGGGGAACAGCUGUAUGAAACAGUGUUUGUAGGGCCACAGAAUCAACGCCAAGAACUGAUCCUUGAUACCUGGUCACUCAAGUGGCAGUACUCUUCCUUAUGUCACAUCAUAGGGCAAGGGAUAAGUGUUCACAUUUCUUACAAUAUUGGGAUACGUGACAUAUUUGCAUUGGGACCACCACCAAUUCAAAUGGACCAUGGAAUGGCACUGCUAGCAAGGAAAACCCAAAAAAGACCAAACCGGGAAUCUCCAGCCAGCAAAGCUCGACAAAUGGCACGCAACAAGAACCGUGACAAUAGACAGGCAGCCAAAGUCUAUGAAGAUUAAAACUUUCUCUGUUAUAUUUUUGUAUCAGUUUAAAUCAACAAAUAUCCAUUUAUUCUCAGAAUGCAUCUUUAUGUUGUCCUUUCUUCUCUUUCUUCUGCUUUUGAAUGGAGCAGUGGAUUAAUGUGUAUGCAGAUGGUUUUUCUUUAAGGAUCACUUAUUUUGUAGUUUUCUGAAGUCUGACGACCUAAUGCUUGGGGACGGAGACUAAUUUGUUUUUAUGCAAAUUUAUAUGUGAGGAAAUGGAUGGAGGAAUAUUUGAUAUCUCUACAGACAUACAUAAGUGUAUGUGCGUGUAUUAAAUACAAAUGUAGUCAAUACAUACUAUCAUACACAAAUAUAUCUGUACUUAGAUUUUUUUUUAUUCCUUUCUGUCUUCAGAUAUUUGUAGGUCACCCUGUGAAUAGAAAAGCAGUGAAACAGGACUGAAAUGAAUUUACAUUUUCUAAAGAUGUAGUAUAGAUGGUUUGUAGCAAAUAAUACACACAUGAUUUUCCUUACUAUUCCUUUGUUUCACUCAUGCUUAUUUUUUAUAAGAAAUGUUGAUCGGAAGAAAUGUUUUUCAUUUCAGUCUAGGGAAUAGACUAGUAUAUACUUUCAUAUAAGUCAUUCAUGACAAUUAUUUUAUUUGAAAUAUUCUAUAGUUUCACUGUACUGACUUGUAUUUUUUACAUGAAAUUUGGAGGGAUGUUUUUUUGUGUGUGUUUGAUGCUGGUUAGACCUAAAGAUGAUCCUAUCCCUGUUCAGUUCUUCAUUCUUUCCAUGAUUUGGAGGCAUCUCCUGUAGUCACGGGGAAGCUUCUAAAAUUUCUUGGUUUUCCCUUUCCCAGUGAUUAUUCAAAUGAUGUUUAUAGAAAUAUCUUGCAACCAUGCCUUGCUAUUAAUACUAUAUUUGCCCUUUGUGAUGUAGUAAAUAAAGUACAAGAGCAA